CGUUUCCAGUCCCUUCCAACUAUACUUGUGACUCCUAGUCACCAGGUUCCAGAGCGACCUCAGGAUGCCAUGGCCGUGUGGGUGGAGGAUUUGACCCAAAGCAGUUUCAAAAUUUGCCUCCGAGAAGUAAAGAUUUUCGACGGUUUUCAUCAGAAUAUUAAAGUUGUGAGUAAUUUUGACAGUGCUUGCCUAUUAUUAAAUUCCAAGUUCUUCACUUUAAAGCAAAUAAACCCCUCUAAAAUGUCUCUUUUAAACAUUAAAAUGUUCUGUUACUAUUAUAGCCGGUUCUUGGUGUCCAGAUGGUGGCGGGGAGCGAGUUAAAUCGUACGCCUGGGCCCUACAAUCUGAACGCCUGGGACGCUCAGGCUAUAUUUCUAUGCUAUAAAUGGAGAUGUAUAGGGCGAGAUGUAAGAGUUGGUCACAAACUAAUAAAGUAAAUUGUUUAGUUUUGACUACUGGUAUAUACAGGAGAAGUAUAACCACUACCCACUUUUCUGUCCGGCGGAUCUUCAAUAUUCUUCUUCGUUUUUGAAACGAAAAAGCUUAAAUUACCAGGGGCUCACACAGCCUGCUGGGGACACUUAUUUGGCUAAUUCACUAGUGAAAAUGAUAACCCGAAGUCCUUUUUCGUAUGUUCUUUUAAGCAGAACUGGAUGGCAUUUACCAAUUUGAGGGUUCAAAAUUUUACUUUGGCUGAUAGUUUGGCGUUUACCAACAACAGAUCGUUAUCUCGAUCGCAAGAUAACUUCGCCUUUUGUCAGGUAUACGCAAGAAGUUAAAAGGUAACAUUUUUAAAUUGCACUCCUUUGCAAUGUCCAUUUGUAUUGCAUUCCGUUCUCUUAUAAUGGAAUGUGUCUGAGCGUAGCUUGAUAUUAUAGUUAGUUUGUUUGUUUAUUUGUGCAUUUGCGUGUUCGUUUGUUUGCAACAUAGCUGCCCAAAUACUUCUUUUAAAUAAUUCAUUGUUUUUCUUUACCAGAACAUCACCUUCACAGAUCCGUUCUUUGCCCCUCCGGUGGUGUUAGUAACACCAAAAUACAUUUACAGUGGCAACAAUUUGCUUUCUGGUUGUAACGCAGUCACCACCUGGGUUGAGGUAAGAUUGUUCUUUCUUUACUGUAUCAUUGUUAAGUGCAAAAAAUGCACCUCCUGAUGAUAAAAAAGCUUGUUCAUGUUACAUGUUCAAGAAUUUUUCAGUAAGGUAUGAGAUCUCGGUGCACCCCAUGUUAUAUAUAUUAGAAUAUACGAGAUUUAUAGGACGCAAAUUAGACCAUACUGGACUGCAUGAUUAUUAUAAGAAAAAAAAAAAAGAAAAAAGAAAAUUAAUCGAAUAUUUUAUUUCAUUAAAGAAUUCAACCAAAACAGAUACAAAGAUCUGUGUACGAAACUACGAUAGGAUCAGUAACAAUACCAUUAAAGUCGACUUCCUGAUUAUUGGAGGUAUGUAAAAAUACUUACUUAGUACAAAGAAAUGAGAAUAAAAAGUGCUGUUUGUCAUUUAAGAUAACCAGGCAGAUCCGUUUUAAAUUCAAGCCUUUAUAGUUACGCGCACGGUUGUCCAGUACUCACAAAUAGACUCCAUUGGUGUUAGUGGUGAUAAGAAGGGUCUUCAUUGGUACCAAUGGUACGAUUGGUACCAAUGGAAAAGUACCCUAUUCCAAUGGUUCUGUUGGUGAAUAUGCAUCUCAUUAAGGGGACUUAGAUUAUUUUCUUAUCUGGUCUAGCUGGGUACAGGGCAAUUCGAAUGGUCCAUUGGUACCAAUGGUACGAUUGGUACCAAUAGAAGAGCACCCUAAUUCAAUGGUUCUAUUGGUGAAUAUGCAUCUUAUUAAGGGGACUUCGAUUAUUUUCUUAUGUGGUCUAGCUGGGUACAGGGCAAUUCCAAUUCAUAAGAAUUAUAGCGCGUUUCUGCUUGGUGUAAAAGCGAACUUGUUUUGCAGCAAUAGAACCAUUGGAAUGGCAUUUUCUGUUGGUACCAAUCGUACCAUUGGUACCAAUGGACGAUCGGAAAUUGCCCUGUAAUGUAAGUCCCCUUAAUGAGAUGCAUAUUCACCAACAGAACCAUUGGAUUGACAUCCUUUUCCGUUUGGGACCAAUCGUACCAUUGGAACCAAUGGACCAUCGGAAAUUGCCCUGUACCCAGCCAGGUCACAUGGGAAAAUAAUCAAAGUCCCCUUAAUGAGAUGCAUAUUCACCAACAGAACCACUGGAAUGACAUCCUUUUCUAUUGGUACCAAUCCUACCAUUGGUACCAAUGGACCAUCGGUUUGACGAAUCGUAUCCGUUUGUGUAUAUUGGACAUGUGUGGAGGCACAAACGUACCUUACUUUAAAGCCUGCGAGGCCGGCGCAAGAAAGGAGAUUGUCCCCACGUGCGCCCUCGUGCGGCACACCCCGACCAAGAAUUUCUCUACGAAAGACCCCCCGAGAAUUAGAGCUUAUGUGUAAUGGAAGAGCAGCCUGGUGGAAACACGUGACCAACUAUUGAAAAAGGCCUAUUCUAUUGGUCCUGGUUAUAUCUGGCUUCUUGUGUUAUGUUUGUGAGAUUUAGCUAGCGUUUAUUGAAUGACGCACAGGAUAAAUUUUCCUGAAAAAUCGGUGCGUCAGGAAAAAGGUAUAGGCCUAGAUAAAUUUGUGCAAUUAAGCAUUUAUGUAAACUGUAUCUUUCACUUUGCUGUUGUUUUUUCAUCGAGUUUAGACUUAUGUGAAACGCGAUUUUUGUACACUCCUACUAGAUCUGGAUCCUUGUCUGGACGUAACCUGUGAUUACCACUGUCUUUGUAAGGCUUUUGGACCAUACGAUGCCCGCUGCGUGCACGCAGAAAACUGCCCAUCCUACCAAGAGCCCAUAUGUUCCUCCAACGGAACGACGUUUGAUAAUAGGUGUCUCUUUGAACAGGAAAUGUGUCUGUUGCGACUCAACUACACUAUCCAACAUCCCGGUGGUUGUGAAGGUUAG